AACCUGGACUUCCUAGGACACGCUUAUAGUGUGCCGUAUUUUUAUGUUAUCGGAGACCUGUUGAAACCGCCUCGACCCUUCAAGAGAGCCUGGCUGACGAAAUAGUCAACGAAAGGGUACCCGUAUUCUGGGGAGCUUGGGUGUCUCCUAAAUUCACAGCUGUUGCGAAAGUAACAGCAGUACUGUGCCCUAAUGGUUCUCUACGGUUCGGCUCUACGGCAAUCAUGAUGCUGGACGAUCAUCCUAUGCGAGCGAGCCUACAAGUAGCUCCUCUCACCAUUAACAAGCAUCGGUUUGAAAAUACGACGGAUGACGGGCAAGAUGGGCAAGAUGCAAGGCCGAUGACAUCAACCCGCUCAUAUUCUCAAUCGCAAAUCACACCGCCGGCAACCCCAAAUGACUCCCGCGAAGAACCGGCUCCUCACCCGCCACCAUCAAACCCCAUCUUUCACAAUUUCUUACGAGCCUGCUUCCCGUUCCAUCCGACAUAUCCGACUACCGACUCGACCAUUACUCUGCCGUUGAACGAGGGGGAUGUGGUCUUGGUUCACUCGAUCCAUACCAAUGGAUGGGCCGAUGGGACUUUACUGAUGUCCGGAGCGAGGGGAUGGCUUCCAACUAAUUAUUGCGGAGCCUACGAUCCAGAGGAGAUGAGGAACUUACUGAAGGCGCUCCUGAAUUUUUGGGACUUGCUGAAAAGCUCGGCGAUCAACGACCGAGAUAUCUUCGGCAAUCAAGAGUUCAUGAAGGGGAUCAUCGCAGGCGUACGCUAUUUACUAGAACGCACGCGUUGCCUGACCCGGGAGUCACCUACAAUCCAGGGAAGCGAAACACUGCGCCGGGGCCGGAAGUCAUUGCUCUCUGAGCUCUCAACGCUAGUCAAGAUCGCGAAACGAUUACAAGAGACGUUGAAGGAACCUCUGCAAUCUGGCAACGACGUCAACGACAUCAUCGAUGAGAUGGUUCUCAGAGCAUUCAAAAUUGUGGUCAAAGGCGUUCGGUUCCUUGACCUGGUUGAGGAGGAUAGGCAGCUCCGGGCACCUGAAGUAACGGUGAUGGCAACGGUUGUCGAGGAGUCAUCCGUUCCACCAACACCUCCCUCCGAAGAGUCUGCCGCGUUCCAGAACAACCGGCACAGCGAUGCUGCAACUCCCCGAGAAGGCCUCGAAAAGGUUGGCGCGAACAGCUUGACAUCGCUGGCAGUAGAGGGCACCCAAGCGAGCGGGUCCACCAACACCCGUUUGUCAGUUGUUUACUCCUCUGCUUCCACGGCAAGGAAACGGAUGUCUCAGGUCAGACCAUCGCACGGAAAUCGGUUAUCGGCCACUAUAUCACACAGGGUGUCUCUAGCCGGCCCUUCCCCCUCGUCCCACUCUCAGAAGCUUGUUUCGGAACGACUUAACACUUGCCAUGAUAUGUUUCUGUCGCACCUUGGAUCCUUUAUUGGGAGGUUACACGUCCAAUCCCAAUCGCGGCCAGAAUUAGCCCUAGCCAUCAAACACUCAGUCGUCUCCGGCGGGCAUCUUUUCGCAGUGAUUGAUGCGAUUUGCGACCACAACACAUCGGUCUCGGAGAUGCUGGGACAGCCGCGUGUAGCCAUGUACGACCGCAUACGGGAUCUGGUCUACUUGGCACGCGAAGUGUUGGGCAACAGAGGCCCAGAUGGCGAGGAUGUCAUUGUGCCGCAGGAUAAUAGCCGGCUCCUCCUUGCGGCAACCGGCUGUGUUAAGGCGGCCGGUGAAUGUGUCGCCAAAACCAAGUGGGUUCUCGAGCGGAUAGGCGAUUUUGAAUUCGAAGUCGAGAGUGGGCACUUGGGUAUCGAUCUGGGCGUAUUUGAGACCGUUUCACAGACCCGGCCGCAAACUCCAGCCGGUUCAAGUAUCGCAGACUCGAAAGACUCGGAAGCGUCACCAGCACCUGUACAUCCGGCCCACCAACCCCUGGAUAAACCUCUCCCAGAGGUCCCUGUUGGUGAUUCGGUGCAUAGGCGACAAGAUUCUGGCAAUGUGUCACCGCCCGCUUCCCGACCGCAGUCCAUGGCCACUGACGAUGCUGCGUCAAGCAUGGCAUCUUCCGUGUCAUCUAUUCGACCCUCGCUACCCGCGUUGCCGAAACUGACUACGUCUCUGCUGCCAAACGAGCCGUACAGCCCCGCCACGGAAGCUCUCCACGAUAGCGAAUAUCACAGCUCCUUCCGCUCCGACACUGGCACUGCUUCGAGCUCGGGCAGUAACAACACCUAUCUCAGCCGAGAUUCGGAGGCUAGCAUGGUAUCCGACACUUCUCGCGCCACUACUCCCGACAUUACUGUUGCCCCCAAAACCCAGCCGUCAAUGUCGGAGCUGAGUGUGGCUGGGAGCUCUAGCGUGGGCGAGGAGGUUGAUGAGCUCGAGUCGAAGUUGUUGGAGAAGACCUUUGCGCAUGAGCUAAUGUUCAACAAGGAAGGACAGGUCACUGGUGGCUCCCUGCCGGCGUUAGUUGAACGUCUCACGACUCACGAAGCAACACCAGAUGCUAUGUUUGUAUCCGCCUUUUAUCUCACCUUCCGCCUGUUUUGCACACCUGUAAAGUUGGUGGAAACGCUGAUAGAGCGGUUUGACUACGUGGGAGAAGCUCCCAGCACGGCAAAUCCUGUGAGGUUGCGUGUCUACAAUGUAUUGAAAGGGUGGCUGGAGUCGCAUUGGCGGGAUUCCGCAGACCGCGAAGCGCUUCCCCUCAUUCAGAACUUCGCCGAGUUCAAGCUUGGUUCACUCCUCCCUUCGGCGGGAAAACGUAUCACAGAGCUUACGGAACGGGUCUCUUCCACAGACGGGUCGUUGGUACCACGUUUGGUUUCUUCGAUGGGGAAGACGAGCACCUCGAUCUCUCAGUAUGUCCCCGCCGAUACGCCAAUGCCCAAUCCGGUUCUCUCUAAGAGCCAGCAGGGCUUACUCAAUAACUGGAAGUUGGGAGGCACCUGUCCCUCGUUUAUGGAUUUCGAACCUCUUGAGAUUGCCCGCCAGCUAACCCUAAAACAAAUGAACAUCUUCUGCUCGAUUCUCCCCGAGGAGCUGCUAGGCUCGCAGUGGAUGAAGAAGAAUGGUGCAUCCUCUCCCAAUGUCAAGACGAUGUCCGGGUUUUCCACCGACCUCUCCAACCUCGUAGCGGACACCAUUCUCCAACAACCGGAGGUGAAGAAGCGCGCUAUUGUCAUCAAGCAGUGGAUCAAGAUUGCUCACCAGUGUCUUGAACUCAACAACUACGAUGGCCUUAUGUCCAUCGUAUGCAGUCUCAAUAACUCAAUUAUAAGCCGCCUACGGAAGACGUGGGAUCUCGUAAGCCCAAGACGGCGCGAGAUGUUGAAGUCUUUACAAGCUAUUGUCGAGCCUGCCAACAACAACAAAGUUCUACGAGCUCGCCUGCAGGGCCAUGUCCCCCCUUGUUUACCGUUCUUGGGAAUGUUUUUGACCGACCUCACUUUUGUUGAUAUUGGCAAUCCGGCGACAAAACAACUACCUGGGGCCGGCCCGGCGGAUGAGGACUUGACAGUGAUAAACUUUGACAAGCACACUCGGACCGCUAAGAUCAUAGGGGACCUUCAGCGGUUCCAGAUCCCUUAUCGACUUACCGAGAUCUCGGACAUGCAGGAAUGGAUUCAGGCUCAAAUCACGAGAGUGAAGGAGUCCGACCAAGGCAAUGUCCAAGUGAGCUACUAUCGAAAGAGCUUACUGCUCGAGCCCCGAGAAAAUGUCUUGAAGACCCCCAUUGACGGUCCGUCGGCGACCACCCCAUCUGGGCAGAAGGCCGAUCUAUUCGGCUGGAUCUCGAGAGAUCGCCACAAUAAUAGCAACCCUACUGCUAUCACUACGUAAGAAACACGUGCCCAGAAUGCGCGUCUUCUACGUGAACUAUCUCCAAAAUUUUUUCUCCCCCCCCCCCCCCCCCCAACCGUCACAUCCUCUUACAAUCGACCUUUUGGUCGACACACCCCACAGUAACUA